UGACGUGUACAGCGCCGAGCCAGCCAGCCAGCAGGGAGAGGAGAGAUCCGGUGGAGGAGGCAGGGCAGGCAGGCAGGCAGGGACGCUCCUAGGCGGGGAGGACAGCGAGAUACGGUCUGAGGGCGGUGCGGUGUGUGUGCCAUCAUGCGUGAAUACAAGCUAGUGGUCCUCGGGUCCGGAGGAGUGGGCAAGUCGGCACUGACGGUUCAGUUUGUUCAGGGUAUCUUCGUGGAGAAAUACGACCCCACAAUAGAAGACUCCUACAGGAAGCAAGUUGAGGUGGAUGGUCAGCAGUGUAUGCUCGAGAUUCUGGACACGGCGGGAACAGAGCAGUUUACGGCGAUGCGUGACCUGUACAUGAAGAACGGUCAGGGCUUCGCUCUGGUCUACUCCAUCACAGCACAGUCGACCUUCAACGACCUUCAGGACCUCCGAGAACAGAUCCUACGCGUCAAGGACACAGAGGACGUGCCCAUGAUCUUGGUGGGGAAUAAGUGUGACCUUGAGGAGGAGCGGGUCGUGGGGAAGGAGCAGGGGCAGAACUUGGCGCGCCAGUGGAGCAACUGCGCCUUUCUAGAAACAUCCGCCAAGUCCAAGAUCAACGUCAACGAGAUCUUCUACGACCUGGUGAGACAGAUCAACAGGAAGACUCCGGUGGAGAAGAAGAAAGCCAAGAAGAAGACCAACUGCACACUCCUGUAGCCACGCCCCCAAACACACACACACACGCAGCAGCUCUGAGCCAGGAUGCUGUCUGAAUGAAGAACUGUUGCUCCAGUUGACAGCAUUCCAACCCCACAGUCACCGAAGGCCACCAACACGUCACCACGCAAGGCCAGCGUGCCACACACACACACACACACACACACACACACACACACACGCGCACACACGCGCACACACACA